AUGAAAGUCUUUCCAGCAUUCCUACUGCUAUUUUCGAUAACAUCAUCGCACCUCCAUAAGCGCGACAUAUGUAACGUCGAAUCUUUCCACGACCCCCUCAUAGAUGAUGGCCCCGCAAUAACUGAUGCUCUGGAAAAGUGCGGAGGGUCGGGCAGUGUCGUUUUCCCAGCAAACCAAACAUUCACACUCCGAUCGCCUGUCGACCUUUCCGCAUGCCGUGCUUGUGCUAUUAGGAUCGACGGUCGGAUCACUGUCUCUCCAGAUUGGGACUACUGGGAGAAACAAUUUGCCGUUUUCUUGAUCUCCAAUGCCUCAGCCAUGGUCGUCGACUCUCCAGACAGCACUGGUAUUAUCGAUGCACGGAAUUUUGGUUGGGGAGGUGGAUCUCCUCCACAAGCUCGCAUUCCAAAACUGUUCAGCAUCACCGACAGCAGCUACCAAAUCCAUAUCCGAGAUCUCAAGAUCACAAACAGUCCGGGGACUGCGUUCUUCAUAGGUAGUCAAGCGAGUGCGGUACGCCUGUAUGAUAUCGAUAUCGGUCAGAGUACUUCGGGAGUCAGAGAAGGCGUCGUAAUCGAAGAUUCCAAUCAUGUGUAUGUGUGGAACAAUACCAUCCACGCUACGGAUGCAUGUAUAAAGGUUCUUCCAAACACUGAGAACGUGCAGGUAGAGCACAGCACUUGCACAAUUUCCAUAGAUGGCCCCUUGAACACAGAACCGUCUGGUAUCAACAUCAAUUUUGGGGCCCAGUCGGAUAGGAACUGGAUUCGUAACGUACUGGUUCGGGGUCUGGCUGCUGUCGGCAGUAUGAAUGUCGUCUCCUUCCAGGCACCGCCUGAUGCGGUGCCAGGGUCCGAAUUCGAGGUUACCAAUGCGACUUUCUCCGAAUUUAACAUCUCGGGUGCGAAGAGGGCGGUUUUACUGGAGCAGGGCGAAGUGAGUCUGAAUGCUACGCUCGUCAUGUUCAGUCAGAUCAAGGGUGAAGUGGAAACGCAGGACCCCGAAGGAUUGAAGUGCAAGCAUGAAAGUGAUGUUUGUGACUUCAGAGUUCUAGACUAUCUGUUCACAUUAGAUGUCGAGAAAGCUCACGAUAAUAAUGGCACGAACCUACUUCAGCAUAUCGUUGCAAAGGAAGUACAAGGCAUUCCUGACGUAUCUCUAUCACUAGAAAACUAG